AUGGAGAUGACAAACCUCAGGGUUGGGUCGUAUAAAGCGCUGAGCACCAGCGAAGAAGACGUUAGCUCGCUCCCUUCUCCUGCCUCUGUAGUCCAAGCGCACAAUCAACAGUACGGCAAGAAGAAAGGGAGAAGAGUUGUAUACCUUGCUAUCUCCGUCAUGUUGCCGCUGGGCAUAGUCUCUGUUCUCUUGGCUGCCUCGCAGACCGUGUGGGGCAGCAGGACCUCCCUGGCGCGCGUAUUCAGUACCGACGCAGACGGGCCAAGCGGGAAUGGGGCGUUCGCGAAGAACGUUACAGGUUGUCCUGGAUACACGCUGCAGAACCUCAUCCAGAACGAUUAUGGCCUUCAGGCAUCACUCAGCCUGGCAGGCGACGCGUGCAACGCGUUCGGACACGAUAUCGCGAACUUGACGAUCGAGGUCGUGUAUGAGACGGAGUCAAGACUACACGUACACAUCUUCGACGCCGCCAACCAACAGUUCACCAUCCCCGACUCCGUCAUCGAACGCCCUGCAGCCCCCACCACCUCGCACACGAACACCUCGGACCUCGAGUUCAACUACGACGCCUCCCCGUUCGCGUUCUGGAUUACGCGCCGCUCACAGCCGGACGCGACGCCCCUCUUUGAUACGCGCACAGGGUCGUUGCCGCCCACCCCCGCCCACCCCUAUUCCGUCGACGCCCGCAGGAGGAUCGCAUCGGCUCUUCCGAAGGGCGCGAAUAUCUAUGGUCUCGGCGAGGUUAUAUCGAGCAGCGGGUUCAGGCGCGACAUCGACGUAGACGGGACGAUGCACGCGUUCUGGGGACGCGAUAUGAUGGAUCCCAUUGACCAGAAUAUGUACGGCUCGCACCCGAUCUACAUGGAACAUCGGUACGACGAGAGCACGCAGACGUCGUCGACGAAUGGUGUUUUGCUCCUUAGCUCAAGUCCCAUGGACGUGAUUCUCACGACCCCGCCCUCAUCAAAUGUCUCGCUCAUUGAAUACCGAGUCGUCGGCGGCACACUUGACUUCUACUUCUUCGCGGGGCCCACGGCGUCCACCGUCAUGGAGCAGUACGGCGGGAUGAUCGGGUAUCCGACGUGGCAGCCCGCAUGGGCGUUCGGGUUCCAUUUGUGCAGAUGGGGAUGGCAUAAUGUGUCGGAGAAUAGGGAGGUGGUGAACGCGAUGCGGGAGGCGAAUAUUCCACUUGAAACUCAGUGGAACGACAUUGAUCUGUACCAUGAUUUCCGCGAUUUCACGUCCGACCCUGUGAGUUUCCCCGGUGACGAGAUGCGGGAUUUCAUUGUAGAGCUGGCUUCGAACCACCAGCACUAUAUCCCGAUUGUGGACGCGGGCGUGGCGGUUACUGCGAAUGACACGGACGUAUACGAUCCCUACACCAGCGGUGUCGAGCAGGACGUCUGGAUCAAGAACCCCGACGGCUCCAUCUACAUGGGUCAAGUGUGGCCUGGAUACAGCGGUUUCGCGGACUGGCUCGCGCCAAACACCCAGCAGUGGUGGACCCAGGCGCUUCAGAACUGGAGCGACGGCGGUGUCACGUUCGACGGGAUCUGGCUGGACAUGAAUGAGCCGAGCUCGUUUUGCAACUAUUCUUGUGGAACUGGCGCCAAUUUUUCUGCGCUGGCGCCGUACCCGCUUAGGCAGGUCAUGGAUGGGUGGCCUGAAUGCUACAAUGAUACACUUUCUGGUCGCAGCGGCAACAUGACGGUUAAUGGCACCAACACGGACUCAUGCCUGAACGGCUCCGCUGCCCCUCAAAGAAUGUCUAUUCUCGAACCUCGCGGUGUUGGCGCGGGCGACGAGCCUGGUGUUAACGUCAACUAUCCACCGUACGGUAUCCACAACGCUUUCGGACCGUUGUACAAUAAGACACUCGCGACGAACGCGACGCACCAUGGCGGAUACCUCGAACUCGACCUACACAACAUGUUCGGACUCAUGGAGGAGAAAGCAACGCACAUUGCUGUGCAAGCGAUUCUGAAGGGCAAACGGCCGUUCUUGAUCUCGCGCUCGACGUUCCCGUCUUCGGGCAAGUGGUCUGGACAUUGGCUGGGCGACAACUUCAGCACGUGGAAGUACAUGUACUACAGUAUCCAGGGCAUCCUUCAAUUCCAGCUCUUCCAGAUCCCCAUGGUUGGUGCUGACUCAUGCGGUUUCCUCGGAAACACAGAUGAGGAGCUGUGCAACCGCUGGAUGAUGAUGUCGGCUUUCGUUCCGUUUUACAGGAAUCACAACACAUAUGCUGCCCUAUCGCAAGAGCCUUACAGAUGGGAUAGUGUUGCUAAUGCUUCGCGCAUUGCUAUUGCUGCGCGGUAUUCUAUGCUUCCUUAUUGGUAUACCCUCUUCGCCAACUCUUCGACAACCGGUACUCCGCCCGUUCGUGCUCUGUGGUACGAAUUCCCGAACGAGCCGGAACUGUUCGCCGUAGAUAAGCAAUGGCUCAUCGGCAGCGACAUUCUUGUUACUCCCGUGCUUGAGCCCGGUGCUACCACAGUUGAUGGCGUCUUCCCCGGCCGCGGCCACGUCACCUGGCGCGACUGGUGGACGCACGCCGCCGUGAACGCCACAUCGGGCGGCAACACGACGCUCCCAGCGCCCAUCAGCACCAUCAACGUGCACGUCCGCGACAACUCUGCGCUCUUAUUGCACCAGGAGCCUGCAUACACGACGUACGAGACUCGACAGGGCCCCUACGAGCUGCUCGUGUCCCUCUCAGUGGCUGGGGGCGCGUUCGGCACCGCGUACGUCGACGACGGGGAGAGUUAUCCGCCGGGAGACAGCCGCACGCUCAAGUUCGUCGCGAGCCCUGGCCAGCUGCAGAUCCAGAGUGAGGGCGCGUACAAUAUUGAGCAGAAGCUCGAGACGGUCACCAUCCUUGGUGUCGCGCAGAAGCCGGGCGCGGUAAGUGUGCAGGGACAAAAUGUGGGUAAUGUCACGUAUCUGCCGGAGACGGAGGAGCUCGUGCUGGGUAAUCUCGGACUUGAUCUGAACCAGGAGACGACGCGGGACGUAAUCGCGAGGCGCUUGGAUGCAGAUCGAAGGCUCCUCCAUCGUCCGAACGUGAGCAGCAGGUGGAUAUACCUCACUUGCAUGCGAGCAGAGGGCGAAUCGGCGACUCCUGACGGGGGAUCGGCGCUCAUUUGCUGGCGCCCUGGAGCCGAUCCUUCAUGCCUCCGCGCAGCUCGCGGUCUCAGGUUACUAAACGCCGAAGGCCAGAUGCAGCAGCAGAGCGUGUUGACCGCCGGAUAGUCACUCUCCUCUAUAUCUGUUACGUUUGGGCGGGUGUUAGACUCAUAAGCUUGUCCUCCGGGUCGUGUGUGGGCCUCUUCUCCUGCGUUCGCGGCGCGUUGUCCUCUUUCAUCUGAACUUGUCGAUUCCGAGUCUGUGCUGGACGUGUCUUCAUCCAUAUGGGAAUCGUCUCUGCGGCGACGUCUGCCUACAUCUUCUCGCGCAGCCACAAUGCGC